AUGCGUGGCUCCAACAGCUCAUGGAGCAGCUGGAUCAGCUUCACGCUCUUGCUUGCGACGCUUUGCUGCUUGAUCACGCCGGCCGUGACGGUUAAGCACGAAAACUUCAAAACAUGCGAUCAGUCUGGGUUCUGUAAACGAAAUCGACUCUAUGCCGACAAUGCUCUUGCUACUUCAUCAUGGGAAUCUCCUUACCAGCUGGAACGAUCAACCAUCAAAUUCAACGACGGUCUCUUGACGGGAGUCGUACACAAGAAGCUGGCCAAAUCUGAGGAGAUUGUCCGACUCCCUUUUAAGCUUGCAUUCUAUGAGUCGGGAGUCGCCCGUGUCACGAUUGAUGAGGAAAAGCGUCAAAAGGGUCAAAUCGAACUUAGACACGACAGCAAGGCGAGGAAAGAGCGAUACAACGAGGCUGAGAAGUGGGCAAUCAUUGGAGGUACUACCAUCAGUACCGGUGCGGCCAUUGACAAAGACUCAGACAAGGACACAACCAAGGUGGUGUACGGUACUGGCAGCAAAUUUGAAGCCAUCAUCCACCACUCGCCGCUCAGCAUUGAUUUCAGGCGGGACGGUGAGACGCAGAUCAAAUUCAACGAUCAGGGUCUGCUCAACUUUGAACAUUGGCGUGCCAAAGUUGAGAAGAAGGUGGAGGAGGCGAAAUCGGACGAAGAGGGCAAGACAGAGUCCACCAACGAUGCGGGAGAAGAUGAAAGCACUUGGUGGGAGGAGUCCUUCGGUGGAAACACAGACACCAAACCCCGUGGACCUGAAGCCGUUGCCCUGGAUAUUUCAUUUCCCGGAUACGAACAUGUCUAUGGCAUCCCCUCUCACGCUGGUCCACUAGCAUUGAAGGAAACUCGCGGCRGAGAUGGCAAAUACUCGGACCCGUAUAGGAUGUACAACUCUGACGUGUUCGAGUACGAGAUGGACAGCCCGAUGACCUUGUACGGCAACAUUCCCUUCAUGCAGGCGCAAAAGAAAGACUCCACCGUUGGUGUUUUCUGGCUGAACGGUGCAGAAACUUGGGUGGACAUUACCAAGAAGCCAUCCGUCGCCAAUGCUUUGAGCCUCGGCGUUGCUGGCAAAGUUACAACCAACACGCACUGGAUUAGUGAGAAUGGUUUGCUGGACGUAUUUGUCUUCCUUGGUCCAACUCCGCAGGAUGUCAUUGGAGCGUACACCGAUCUCACUGGCACACAGCAAUUACCACAGCAUUUCUCUAUUGCCUACCACCAGUGUCGCUGGAACUAUGUCACAGACGUGGACGUCAGGGAUGUGGACAGGAAGUUUGACAAGCACAGCAUCCCGUACGAUGUCAUUUGGCUUGAUAUCGAAUACACUGACGGCAAGAAAUACUUCACUUGGGACUCCAUGACGUUUUCAGACCCUCUGGGCAUGCAGAAGCAGCUCGACGAGCACGAAAGAAAACUGGUGGUCAUCAUCGAUCCUCACAUCAAGAAUGAAGCGAACUAUCCCAUCGUAGACGAAUUAAAGUCGAAGAAUCUGGCCAUCAAGAACAAGGAUGGCAACAUCUACGAGGGAUGGUGCUGGCCUGGCAGCAGUCACUGGGUUGACUGUUUCGAUCCCGCAGCCCGGAAGUGGUGGUCGGAUUUGUUCAAGUACAGCAAGUUCGUUGGUGCUGCUAAGAACUUGUUCAUCUGGAAYGACAUGAACGAGCCUUCGGUGUUCAACGGACCAGAGACGACCAUGCCAAAGGACAAUUUGCACGCCGGUGGCUGGGAGCACAGAGRUGUUCACAACAUCAACGGYAUGACUCUCAUCAACGCCACGUAUGAGGGACUCCUCGCUCGCGACAAGGAGGAGGAGAAGCACAACGUUCGUCCUUUUGUCUUGACCCGCUCUUUCUGGGCGGGCAGUCAGCGACUAGGUGCCAUGUGGACUGGAGACAACCAAGCCGAGUGGUCGCAUUUGGAAACAUCAAUUCCAAUGACGCUCAGCAUGGGCAUCAGCGGGUUUCCAUUUGCAGGCGCUGACGUUGGUGGCUUCUUUGGCAAUCCUGACAAGGAACUGCUCACGCGGUGGUACCAAGCAGGCAUUUUCUACCCCUUCAUGCGUGCACACGCGCAUAUCGAUACCCGGCGCCGAGAGCCGUAUCUGGUAGGCGAACCUUAUGAGGAAAUCAUCACACAGGCCGUGCGACUCCGAUACAGCCUCCUCCCUGCCUGGUAUACGGCUUUCCACGAAGCUAGUGUCACCGGCGCUCCCAUCGUCCGCCCGAAUUACUAUGUCUUCCCGGGUGACGAAAGAGGUUUCGCGAUUGAUAAUCAGCUGUACAUUGGAAACUAUGGCCUGCUCGCCAAGCCUGUUACACAGGCUGGUCAGACGGGACAGCCGAUCUACCUGGCCGACAAGGAGAAGUACUACGACUACUUUGAUUUCUGGACAUAUGAAGGCCCAGGAGAAGUCACCGUUGCCGCACCUUUGGACACAAUUCCAUUACUCAUGCAGGGUGGUCACAUCAUCCCACGCCGGGAUCGCCCCAGAAGGAGUUCGGGAUUGAUGAAGUACGAUCCACUUACCCUUGUGAUCGUGCUCGGGAACUCGGGCGACGCGGAAGGUACAUUGUACCUCGACGAUGGCGACAGCUACGACUACCAGCAGGGCGCAUUCAUUCACCGUCGCUUCGCAUACCAAAGCUCGACUUCGACGCUUAUAAGCGAGGAUCUGGGCACGGCGGGCAAGAAGACCAAGGAGUAUCUCAAAUCGAUGGAAAAAGUCCGUGUGGAGAAGAUCAUCGUCGUAGGUGCGCCUGCGGCGUGGAAGGGCAAGACUGAGGUGGAAGUAAGCGAAGAACAGAGCAGCAAAAGUGCUUCAACCAGGAAGGUCGGUCUAGACUUCCACGGAAGCGAGGAUGGCAAGGCAGCCUGGGCUGUUGUCCGCGAUCCAGCUGUCGUUGUUGGGUCGGGAUGGAAGAUUUCAUUUGCGUAA